UGGAAUGAGGGAUCCCCGCGAGAAACUCGUAUGGGCAUCGAAGCGCUUCACAGAGAAGCCAGAAGACGUUGCAUACUCAUUAUUUGGUAUCUUCGGCGUUCACUUACCCGUAAUCUAUGGCGAGACCAAACAGAAGGCGCUCGGUCGGCUCUUGGAGAAGAUUGUUGCCCAGUCGCGUGACAUCAGCGUCCUGGACUGGGUUGGCAAAUCAUCCGAAUUCAAUAGCUGUCUGCCAGCCGAUAUCACGUCGUACGGAUCGACAGUCGUGUUGCCAUGCCCGUCUGAAGAUGAGAUUCAGGCAUCUAUUGUGUCGCUGCAAGUCGCUGUGGACGGAACGGUGGCUUUAGAAUUGCAUGACAAGCUUAACGGCACAAACCACCCCGGUUUCUCAAACCAGAGGUUACAUCUGCCUUGUAUCGUGUUCCGUGUCACUCAAAUCAAGGGGAGGCGCCAUCAACUUGAAGAUGGAGAGAUAUAUUUCACGUAUGACGUGAAGGCAAAUGGGCUUCGUGACCUGCCCACCAUCACCACAAGCAAAAGGCUGCCGUUCUUGCAAGCAAGACCCGCUGCACAGAAAUUCUUACUCGUCCGUCCCUGGGACCGUCGUCUCCUCGAACUACCUGACUUUUCGGACGAUGCCGAAAGCAUGGACGAUUUAUCCCCUUCUCCAUCCCCGUCAGAUUCGCAUGGCGGGUUCUUUGAAGAGCACGAGUCGCUUGAUUCUGGACGAACGUUACGAUUGAUUGCUCGCCUCAAACGGCCUUUCAGGGCAUUCUUGCUAGCGCAGCAAUACGGCGAACAAUACACGAGAAUCAUAUCAGAACAUGAUAUUAUUGCAGAAAUCCAAGAAACGACUUCCGAGUCUAUUCGCGACAUCAUAGACUGCGUCAAGACAGUAGAGGUGGUGUAACUUUAAAGAAUAAAGGAAUUUUCAGAUGUCCUUUCCUUGAACAUUUCGGACGUUUCAAAUUACUUAUACAUAUUUAUAUGUACAUUCAUAUACCCCUUAUCUACCUUAUGAUGACCUUGG